AUGGUUGGAUCACCAAUCGACCCACCCCCGUCGGGUUCCCCGGGGCGCACGAAAGCUGCCUCCCCUGCCAGGUCCAAGACUGCAUCACCAGUGAGAUCCAAGACUGCCUCUCCGGCCGGACCUGGAUCUCCUCAGAGCAAUCACGAGAUUGAGACAGGUGACAUUGAGGUCGACGAUGAGGGCUUGGGAUCUGACACUGCAUCGACCAUUGAUAGUCGUUGGUCCUCGUAUACGGCAUCGCUAUCUUCAAGCGUUGUUGACUACCCCACGGAGCAUGGCCGCCGCUACCAUGCUUUUCGCUCUGGCACCCCUCUUGAGAAAGAGAAAAUCAAUAGAGUCCUCGACAUAGGAACUGGUACCGGAGUCUGGGCUCUGCAGGUAGCCGAAGAGCUUCCACAUGCUGAAAUAUUGGGAAAUGAUUUGAGUGCCAUUCAACCCACUUGGGUCCUGCCUAAUGUCAAAUUCGAGAUUGAUGAUGUUGAGAGUCCUUGGAUUCACACACGCAAAUUCGACUUCAUUUUCAGCAGAUACAUGACGUCUUCUAUUGCAGACUGGCCCAAGCUGAUGAGGAGUGUCUAUGAAAAUGUGGCUCCGGGCGGCUGGGUUGAGUUCCAGGACUACGACUUGGAGUAUAGAAGCGACGAUGGCUCACUUACUCCACAGCACUCGACUUACAAGUGGCUGCAUAAGUUCUUCGAGGCCUGCAGAAUUGUAGGCCGCGAUCCCAACCCGGGGCCUCAGCUGGAGGGCUGGAUCAGGGAGGCCGGUGAUUACGUGAACGUUGUCCACCAAAAGUACAAGAUCCCAAUCGGGGACUGGCCUAAGGAUCCCCACUACAAGGAAUGCGGCAUGAUCAACGUGAUGCAAGUUCUUGAUGGACUUGAUGCUUUUACCUUUAGGCUCUUCACUGGCGUUCUCGGUUGGACAAAGGAGGAAGUUGUGGUUCUCCUCGCCGAAGUCCGUCGCGAACUGAAGUCGAAGAUUUUCCAUGCCUACUUCGAGUUCCACGUGGUAUACGCGCAGAAGCCAGGGGCAGAGGAAUGA